AUGGCAUCGCAAGCGCAAGCGAACCAACGACCCAAGGUCCAGCCUUGCCGGUACAAGACUGGGAAAACCCUCGGAGCUGGCUCCUAUUCAGUGGUGAAGGAAUGUGUGCACAUCGAUACGGGUCGGUACUAUGCGGCGAAAGUGAUCAACAAGCGUCUGAUGGCGGGGCGUGAGCACAUGGUGCGCAAUGAGAUCGCAGUGCUGAAGAGGGUCUCUAUGGGUCAUCAGAACAUCCUGACGUUGGUGGAUUACUUCGAGACGAUGAAUAACUUGUAUCUCGUCACUGAGCUCGCACUGGGUGGAGAGCUGUUCGACCGUAUCUGUCGCAAAGGCAGCUAUUACGAAUCUGAUGCCUCGGAACUCAUCCGCGCGGUCCUUUCCGCGGUGGCAUACUUGCAUGACCAUGGCAUCGUGCAUCGGGAUCUGAAGCCAGAGAACCUACUAUUCCGCACGCCUGAGGAUAACGCGGAUCUACUCAUUGCGGAUUUUGGCUUGUCCAGGAUCAUGGAUGAGGAGCAGUUUCACGUCCUUACGACGACGUGUGGCACGCCGGGUUACAUGGCUCCCGAAAUCUUCAAGAAGAGUGGACAUGGAAAACCAGUGGACAUCUGGGCUAUCGGUGUCAUUACCUACUUCCUGCUCUGCGGCUAUACCCCUUUCGAUCGCGAUUCCAACCUGGAAGAGAUGCAGGCCAUUCUUGCAGCGGAUUACUCCUUUACGCCACUCGAGCAUUGGCGUGGUGUCUCUCAAUCAGCGCGCGACUUCAUCAAGAGCUGUCUGACAGUCGAUCCCAAGGGCCGAAUGACAGCUCACGAGGCCCUCCAGCAUCCGUGGAUCAACCCGCCCUACGAUACUACUGCAGACAAUGCUGGCGCAGAUCUACUGCCAACAGUCAAGAAGAACUUCAACGCCCGUCGAACCCUGCACAAGGCCAUCGACACCGUCCGCGCCAUUAACAAGCUCCGCGAGGGCGGUGGACUCAUGAUGGACGGUAUGAUGAGCGUCGAUCCGAAACCUGAGCGCGUCAAUGGUAGUGAAAUUAUCGAGGAGCAACAUGAUGGACGCAUGGAUAUCGACAGCCGUGCCGAUGCGCGCGGGCAGACAGAGGAGCAAAUUCGAGAGCAGGAGCGUAGAGUCAAGGAGACAGUGGCUGGAUUGUGGAGUCGGACUGUGAAGAAAUGA